AUGGUGGUGGGACUAUAAUUGAACAAAAUUGGUUAGUCAAUUUCCAGCAUAAAUUAUCUGGCACGUAAAAAAAUACCUGGUUUUUGUAUCCAUCAAGACUGAUCCAUCAAGAAGAUUUUGUCACGAUUUUUCACCAUUAGCUGCGUUAAUGUUAAUGUGCUCUUAGUAAAAAGUUUAUAGACUUGUUUACAUACACCUUUCACCUUUCCAGUUGAUACUGAAUUAACUGAAUAGACAACUCGUAAAAAUACCUUCCAAUUCCAAUCUUGAUUAAUUAAUGCUGCGGACAUAAUGUGGUGUUCAAAAAGUGUGAUAUAUUUGCCAUCCUUAUUAUUAUUGGUCCAUUUCCACUCCAUAUUUGGUUUUCAAAGAUUUAUCGACGACCCUGGUAACGUAUUGUCGUCACCCUUUGUCAAACCUAAUAAUCGAAGGACAGUUCGAGAUAACAAUGACAAAAUUAGUAGCAGCCUUAGUGACGAUAGUACUAUUGGUGAUCAUGAACAGGAAUUAGCAACCCCACCAACCAUCAACAUCCCUCAAGGGAGUUUGGUCGGAUCGUACGAAACAUCUCGAGCUGGGCGAACUUUUGCUUCGUUUAAAGGAAUACCUUACGCCAGAGUGGGACAACGUUUCACAGAUCCAUUACCACCUCGGCCAUGGAAAGGACGAGUACUAAACGCGACCUCGUUUGGACCCAGAUGUCCUCAGAUUGUCGAUGGGGGUCGUUUCGUAGGGACAGAGGAAUGUCUCUUCCUUAACGUCUUUGUCCCUAAGUUGGUUCCAUUGAGCUCAGCAUCAACCAAAAAAGAACGGCCCUUCCCCGUCAUGGUAUGCAUUGAAACGGGUGGAUUUCAAUUCGGUGGAGGUGACCAUUCAGGACCAGACUAUUUCAUGGACGAAGACGUUAUCCUGGUCACGUUCAACUAUCGAGUAAAUGUUUUUGGUUUCUUAUCCACCCAUGACCAACUUAUACCUGGUAACAUGGGGCUAAAAGAUCAACACCUUGCUCUAGUCUGGGUUCAUCACAAUAUUGCCGCAUUUGGAGGAGACCCUUCAGCAGUCACCAUCUUUGGUGAGUCUGCGGGUGGUUCUGCAGUCACUUAUCAGUUGCUGGCCCCCGCGUCAAGAGGUUUGUUUCGGAGUGCGAUCGCCCAAUCUGGGAGCGCCCUCAUUUCUCGACAUUUUACGGAAAACCUAGCUUUGGCUACGGCCGUUUUUGCUGACCGAGUUGGAUGCACUACGAAAGGGGUGCGGGACAUGGUGGCAUGUUUGCGAGGGAAGGGGGUGAAAGAGUUGUUACAGGGGCUCAUACCGAAGGGAAACGUGCUGGAGGUCCCUGCCCAAAUAUUCGUACCCACACUGGAACCUGGAGCAUCUGGUUUUCUACCCGCUCCACCCCUCCAACUACUCCGAUCAGGUUCCUUUGCCAAGGUCCCACUCGUACUCACCGUUACGAAGGAUGAAGGGCUUCUCCGAAAUUCUGCACUUGUUAUCAAAUCCCCCGAGCUACUCUCCCAACUCAACACUGCCUGGUAUGACGUGGCUCCCGUGGCGUUUGGAAAUUACGACAAACUCCCAGUCUCACCCUCCACACGGACCUAUAUUUCCUCUCGAAUUCGAGAACUCUACUUUAAUAAUGCCGAAAUUACGAUGGAUUCACUGGAAAACCUCACCGCUUUGUAUUCCGACUCCAGCGUCAUCAGUGGAGUGAAACAGUAUGCGUUGCUGCAUGGAAAGAAGGCUCCAGUUUAUGCAGGAGUCUUUGCGUUUGAAGGGAUUUGGUCGUCAAUCUUUAGUUUUGGGUAUACGCAGCCAUUGGGAAUUGCCCAUUCUGACGAUCUUCAAUAUCUGUUUCAUAACGAUGUGUACCCAAAAUUCACGCCAGGGUCGAGAUUAGAAAACAUCUCCAAGCAUUUUGUGAAAUCGUGGGUCAAGUUUGCAACAGUGGGAAUUCCGGACCCCAUCCAAAUUCACACGCCUCCUUCGCAAUCAUAUUCCUGGCCACUCCUCACGGGAAAGGAAAUCAUUUCGGGCGCAAUCAACUGGUUGUAUCUGAAAGAUGUUCCCCAACGCCACGUCGAACCACUACGGAGUCGAUUAAAGUUUUGGGAUUUUAUAAAUAUGGUGAUAGAAUUCGAUUUAAAGUUGUAAUCAGAAUGAAAAAAAGUAAUCCGAGUCUGUAAUAUUUUCUUUUCUGUAUUUCUUUAUUUUCUUGAGAAAAUGAAAUUAUCCGUCACAGAAUAGUAUCAAGUUUUGUUUGCUCAGUUUAUCAUGUAAUUAUUAAUUUAAUUCGUAAUGGCGGCAAACAACGCAGCGUCAAAAUAAUGCAUUUCUUACGAUUAAUCAAUUAAUUUAUCAUUUCUUGCUAAGUAAUUAUUAACUAGAUUUUCUGUAUCAAGUAUAAUGCGGGCACCUGUAUAAUAAUCAA